AUGAAAUCCUAUGGUGAUAAAGUGUCAAAGCAACACGUAAUACACAAGGUAUUAAGGUCACUUCCUCCUAAAUUUGAUCAUUUAGUGAUAACUAUAGAGGAAACGAAGAAUCUUGCAACAUUGGAGAUCGAGGAACUCCAACAUUCUCUGGAAGCACACGAGUUUAGAAUGGAUUAUCGCAAGCACUGCCAAGAACAGGCAUUACAGGUCAGAACAAAUUACAAGACAAAGUCCAAAGGUUUCAAGAAAGGAGGAAAGCCCCGGAAGAAGCAAGAAGAGAAAUCUGAAGAUGAAUUCAAGGCUGGAAAAGAUCAGAAGAGACAAGAAAAAGAUGACAAGGAGUGGAAGAAGAAAUUGAAGUGUGCCAAGAACAGGCCAAAGAACCAAGCUAAUUUGGCCCAGGACAAAGCCUUUUCUGAUUCAGAUGUGGUGUUACUAAUGGCCAAAACCAGUAGCGCAGAUUCAGAGGAAAUAGCUUCCUGGUAUCUAGACUCGGGAUGCUCCACCCAUAUGACAGGUAGACGUGAUUGGUUUAUCAAAAUUGAUGACUCUUCGCUGGGAAAGAUUAGGUUUGCUGAUGAUAGCAGCCUAAAUUCGGAAGGCAUUGGUCGUGUGGUAUUAUGGGAUUCAGGUGGCAGAGAAAUAGUGAUUGAUGGUGUUCUGUAUGUACCAGGUUUAAAGACAAACCUGCUUAGUCUUGGACAAAUAUUGCAGAAAGGUUUUAUGAUGGAAAUGAAGGAGAAUGGUCUAAAUGUUUACGAUCAAUCGAAGAGACUGGUUGUUCAUGCAGAUCUCUCUGAGAAUAGAACCUUUCGUAUUGCAAUGAAUACUUGA